GUCCGUUAUUCGCUAUAUUGGGAAAACUCGGAAGGGCUGAACCAUUUUUAUCCUAAGCUACAAUGUUGCUCGGGAGUAGCAGCAGCGCCAGCACUUUGCUAUGGGUGUUGGCUGCCGGUUUGAUCCUGUAUCGGUUCUAUAGGUUUCUGUUCGAUAAACCGCCCAAUUUCCCGAGUGGCCCACCGAGGCUUCCAUUUCUGGGAGGUUACGGUUUCAUGCUGAUGCUCAACUACUGGCAAAUGCACAAAGCUUCGGAAUGGCUGGAGAAGUUCUACCGGACCAAAAUCAUCGGUAUCUAUCUCGGCAGCUUCCUGUCGAUCAUUGUCAACGACUUCCACGUGGUUAAGGAGAUUAUGAACCGUACGGAAUUCGACGGAAGGCCAGAUUUGUUCUUGGCUCGGUUGAGAGAGCGUAACUUCCAGCGGCGGGGUAUUUUCUUCACCGAAGGUCCAGACUGGAAGGAGCAACGUCGUUUUGUGUUGAGAAAUUUGCGCGAUUUCGGGUUCGGUAGACGGUUUGAAGAUUUGGAAAUGGAAACACGCAGCGAAAUUGAAACGCUGCUCGAUGUGCUCCGGUAUGGGCCGAAAUAUGAGCAUGAAAAGGCGUUUGCUCGAAAGGAAGGCUCCGCCUUGUGUCCCGAUGUAUUCUAUGGAUGUUUGGCCAAUGUGUACUUUCAGGUGGUUUGCGGAGAACGAUUUUUACGAAAAGACAUGGCAGAUGUGUUUGAGACCGGGCGAUGGGCUAACGUGUUUCAAACAAAGGGUGACGAUUUCGGAACGGUUCUAAGCUAUCUGCCCUGGCUAAGAAAGCUGUUCCCAGAGGCCACCAACUAUCGUCCUCUGAGAGAAUCUAACGAUCGCAUGAAUGACUUACUCGAGAAGGUACUGACGAGGUAUCUUGCCUCCUACGAAGAAGGUCAUGUACGAUGCUUUUUGGAUCGCUACUUCUGUGAGCUGAAGAAAACGACACCACUGGACGGGCAAAAUUUCUCAUUUCAAUAUGAUCAAUUGCUUUUGAUAAUGUUGGAUUUCUUCCUACCCACUAUUUCUGGAACUGCUGAGCAGAUUUCGAUGUUGCUCCAGCGCUUAAUUUUGAAUCCAUCCGUGACCAAGAAAAUUCAAACUGAAAUAGACGAGGUGGUAGGUCACGGACGUCUUCCAAACCUGGACGACCGGUCGAAUUUACCAUAUACAGAAGCUGCGUUACGAGAAGGUCUACGGAUCGACACUCUUGUCCCGUCCGGCAUAUCUCAUGUUACACUUGAGGACACAAAACUCCGCGGCUACGACAUUCCUAAGGGAACGGUUGUUAUGCUUAGUUUGGAUUUGAUUCAUCAUCAGAAAGGAGUUUGGGACGAUCCUGAGGAGUUCCGACCAGAAAGAUUUUUAGAUGAACGAGGAAAGCUGUGUCUAGCGAAAGAUAUUUCCGUUGUAUUUGGAGCAGGCAAACGGUUGUGUGCUGGAGAGACAUUUGCUCGCAAUACCAUGUUUCUUAUGUUUGCGGCUCUGAUGCAAAACUUUAACAUUCUACAAAUGCCAGGGGAACCGCUACCUGAUUUAAACGCUAGGAAGUACGGUAUCAUCACUACAACGGUACCGUUUUGGCUCCAAUUUGAACAAAGAUAAUAUUACGGCGCCUCAAAACGUGCUUCAAAAAGCAUGUUUAUCGGGACAAAUAAAUGCACAGAUUAGAUUUGGUGAAGUAGAUUUCACUCACCUGAUAGUGAAAGACUUUUUGUUGUCCAGCUUAAUUAGUUGUUAGCACUUUUAUUCACUGAAAACAUUACCAGAAACUGUAAGCAAAUCGUUGUUAUUAUUUUACUGUUUUCAAACCACCGGCGGACGGCGAUCGACCAGAAAAAAACAUAAACAGAAAAAAAUAAAAAUCAAACCAAAGAGGGGUCAUCCUUAAAAGUCGAAAUGUUUAGAAUGAUUUCAAACAGUGGGCUGAAAACGAAAAAACAAUAUAUUGAUAGCUUCAGAGAAAUAUGAAAAAUAUCAUUACGUCGAAUGAAAUAAAUUCGAAAAUCUGAUACAUGCACGUAAAAUGAUAAUUUUUUGCAUUAUCAACCUACGAUUGAUAGAAAACUAAUUUUAAAAUGUUUUAAUGUAUAAUAUUAAAGACUUUCAAAAUGAGGAAUGGAGCGGUGGAAAAUUGUGUUUGUGUGUGCAUACACAGUAAAUUUUUGCCUCGAUUUCCAGCAAAAAAAAUUGCUGGAAACGUUCAGCAAUCCAAAAUUUUGCUGGAAACCAGCAAUCGGUUUUCCAAUUGCUGGAUUUUUCAGCAUUCGGUUGUAGUCUUGUCAUUUUUGCUGGAAAAUCAGCUAACGAUGUUCAAAUUGCUGGACUUUCCAGCAAUUGAUCUAGUUUGCUGGAAAAUCAGCAAUCGAGUUGUCAAAUUGGAGUCUGUUUGUUUCCGUACGCUGGAGCAAGGUGAGACUCUGUUUUACGAAUUUUGGUCGGAUUAAUAUAAUUAUUUUUAUUUUCCUCUAUAUUCUAGCAACCAGGCAUCAAGUCAAGGGUAAGUUUUUAUUGGACAGGUAGAUAUUCCAUAAAAGAUACUAAUCAAAAUUUUUUUUUUACAGGUGGCGGAUGAUCAACACCUUGGCACAAAGCUGCCACCCCAGAGUCGAUGAUAGAAAUUUGUAAAACAUUGUGUUUCUCGAGAUAAAUAAAUCCCUUAUGGAAAAAAUGGGAGAAAAUAA